GCCUCUGAAGGCCGCAGCCUAAGGGCUUUCCAAUCAACACGAAGCCAGAAAACAGGCCGCGCCCUCGCCUUCAGGCCUUUGAGGGAGAGAAGGCCGCAAAACCUAGAGGGCGGGCGGGAGGCGGGGCUUCGUGCGGCCGGGCAGGCGGGGCUUUUCCUCGGCCCAAGGCCCCACUCCAAGCCGGGGCUCCGAGUCCAUGGAGACGUGCGCCAGGCCGGAGAGAUGGCUGUUGAUUUCGAAGACAAUGACAUUGAUGACCACCACGGUGUCUACCAGCCAGCAAACACUACUAUCCAAGAUGAGACACCGCUAUUGGAGGAGCCACCGGAAAAAAGAUCUGAUAUUCACAAGCCUGAAGAUCGCUUCAAUUGCACCUAUAUUAUUUUCUUCUUUUUGGGCACAAGCUCUCUUUUACCUCUAGGCUUCAUAAUGACUGCAAAGCCUUACUGGAUAUACAAACUCCAGAACUGCUCAGAACAAAUCUCUUCAGCUCAGCAAGGAGCUUUGGACAUUCGGGACUUCUUUGAAAGUUACAUUUCCGUGGCUUCCACUGUGCCCUCGGUCCUCUGCUUGAUUGGGAACUUUCUGCUAGUCAACAAGGUCUCUGUCAGCGUACGCAUUCUGUCCUCCUUGGUCACCAUGUUAGUGGUUUUGAUGGUGAUCACAGCAUUGGUCAAAGUGGACACCUCUGCUUGGACUCCGUGGUUUUUUAUCCUCAUCAUCCUUUGCGUGGUUAUCAGCAGCAGCGCUGCUACAGUCUUCAGCAGUAGCAUCUUUGGACUUUCAGGAUGUUUCCCAAUGAGGAAUUCCCAGGCAUUGAUUUCAGGUCAGGCCAUGGGAGGCACAUUGAGUGCUGUCGCAUCGGUGGUGGACCUGGCAGCAGCCUCUGAAGUUACAGACAGUGCUUUGGCCUACUUCCUGACAGCAGACGUCUUCAUUAUUCUGUGCAUUGGGAUGUACUUGAUCCUUCCUAAACUGGAGUAUGCCAGAUAUUAUAUAGAAAGACAGAAGGACAUCACACAGUCACCGCACAUCUUGCCUACGGAUUAUGUGGAGGAAGGAGUUGUGAUAACAAGCAAUACCAGUCACUUCCCACUGAAUAGAGACUAUACUGGAAGUGUCUCUCCCUUGUGGUCCAUCCUGAAGAACAUCAGUACCUUGGGCUUCUGUGUCUUCUACAUCUAUUUCAUCUCUAUCAUGAUUUUCCCUGCAGUCUCAUCCAGCAUAGAAUCGGUCAACAAGGUCUCUGGAGGCGUGUGGACAGACAAGUACUUCACCCCACUUACUAGCUUCCUACUGUACAACUUUGCUGACUUGUGCGGACGCCAAAUCACUGCCUGGAUCCAAGUCCCUGGACCCAAAAGCUGGUUGUUGCCUACUAUGGCUCUGCUGAGGACUAUUUUCAUCCCAGUCUUCAUGCUUUGCAACUAUCAGCCACGGAUGCAUAGCGCAAGGGUAAUCUUUGCCCAUGAUAUCUACCCAGUGGUCUUCACCACACUCCUUGGAUUCAGUAAUGGCUACCUGAUUACGCUGUCAAUGAUCUACGGCCCCAAAGUCACCCCGAAAGAAUUGUCAGAGCCAGCAGGGGUGUUGAUGAUGGUAUUCAUGCAGCUGGGGUUGGCCUUGGGGGCAGGCUUCUCUGUCCUUGUUGUUCAUCUCAUAUAGAAGAAGGGGGCCUUAUGCCACGGAGCCUCAUUGGCACCAGGACAUUUUCAGCAAAACAGACAUGUGCCAAAGGGAGCCAUUUUCUGGUUUAGGAAAUGCUCUGAACACUUGCCUUCUGGUCGUGAGGAAGAACGUCAACAUUACAAAUUGCAAGGGCCAAAAUCACAAGCCAUGCAAAAUACAGAGUUCACAAAACCCAGGGGCCAAAUUGCAGUAUGGAAUCAUUCUCCUUUUUCUGGACUUUCAGUAGUGUGCCCAGGUGUACAGUGGUGGUGCCUAUGCACAGAUCUUGUCACUGAGUUUAUUGCAAAAUGAACCACUAAGGAUACUAGAAGAAAAAACAGUGUAUUCUGAUAUUUUUCUUGGAGUAAAUCUAUGAAUCAAGGGACCAAAGCACUAUAUUCUGCCAGCGUUAAAGUCAGUUGUGAUGUAAUAAGAAAUGUUGCUGGAGAUGUUUCCGUUGUUGCCCAUAUCAUUACAAUGAAUACCAGCAUAUUGAUAUAGGUUUAACUAGUUGCACAUAUAAUUACGAUAUUGAUGCACAUAUAUUUACGAUGAAUACCAGCAUAUUGAUAUAGGUUUAACUAGUAUCAUGCAGUGGUUUCAGCACUGGAUUAGGACUGGAGAUCAGAAUUGAAAUCCCCACUCAGCUGUGGAAACCGUAUGAGGGCUCCUUCUAUACUGCCAUCUAAAACCCACAUUAUCUGCUCUGAACUGGAUUAUAUGAUAGUAUAGACUCAGGCCCCCUUCUACACUACCGUAUAAUUUAUUUUAUUUAUUUAUUUACAGCUUUUAUACUCCGCCCUUCUCACCCCGCAGGGGACUCAGGGCGGAUUACAGUGUACACAUGUAUGGCAAACAUUCAAUGCCAAUUUUGACAUACAGACAUAUACAGACAUACACAGAGGCUAUUUAACGUUUUUCUGGCCGCCAGGGGAGCCGUCGCUUUCAUCGUCCAUCUGCGACGCUGAUGAAGCACUUCCACAUUCCCCACAUGCUUCCCCGCUGGAAUGCUUUGCUGAAGACUUCUUUAUGGCCUCAUAAAUCAGUUAAUUUAGCCUCCCCACACUUUAAGGUGGUACCUAAUUUUCCUACUUGACAGAUACAACUGUCUUUCGGAUUGCAAAGGUCGACAACAGGCUACACACAAUUGGUUGGAAACCCACUCCAACCUGGGCUGGCUUCGAACUCAUGACCUUUUGGUCAGAGUGAUCUUAAUGCAGCUGACACUGAGCCAGCUGCGCCACAAUCCCGCAAUUCUGAUUAUCUGCUUUGAACCCAAGAAUCAUCCCUGUUUACAAAAAAAGAUGCACAAAAGAUCCAAACAAAUUACAGACCUAUUAGUCUCAUUGAUAUAGUGGCCAAAAUUUAUUCAAAAGUACUUCUCUCCAAAUUAAAACUAUGGGAAUAUGAAAACAAAAUCUUAACAGAAGAACAAGCCAGCUUCAGAUCAGGAAGAUCCACCAUGGACAACUGUUUUGUAUUAAAUCACCUAAUUAACAAACUUCUCAAAAGAAAGAGCAGGUUAUAUGUUGCUUUCAUUGAUUUAAAAGCAGCUUUUGACAGCAUCAAUAGAAAAAUCCUCUGGCAAAAAUUUACAGCCCAUGGAAUAGACCACAGAUUACUACUCCUGAUCAAAUGUCUGUACUCCAACAACCAUAUUCAGGUUAGAACGGGAAUCAGUGGAGCCCUGACAAAGAGAAUAGAUUCCUGCAAAGGUGUAAGACAAGGCUGCUUAUUGGCCCCUUUACUUCUCAACAUUUAUAUGAAUGACCUGCCAGAUUCCCUCAGCAGCUCGGAUGUUCACAUGCCAAAAAUUGGUUACAGACAUGUAAAUGCUCUUUUAUACGCAGAUGACAUGAUUUUGAUGUCGAAUACACAAAUAGAAUUAUGAAGAUUAUUGAGCAAACUUAACAUCUACGCCCAGAAAAACAAGCUGACAAUAAACAAAUCCAAGUCAAAACUAAUGGUGUUCCGAAAUUGCCCUUCUAGACACGAAUGGGUUCUAGAUACAGAGCGAAUAGAACAGGUUAGCUCUUUUACAUAUCUAGGCUUGGUAUAGUCAGAGACAGGCUCAUGGCUUGCACACUUUCAAUCUUGUGCGAUCAAAACUAGGGCACUCUCUAACACACUGGCAAGAUUGUUAUCCCAUAAAUAUCCUGAUCUUUAUCGAAGUUUACAAAGCAACAAUUGUCCCCAUGAUACUAUAUGGAGCUGAAAUCUGGGGCCUAAGCAAACUACCAAUACUGGAACAAGCACAAUCAAAAUUUCUAAGACAGAUACUUGGUGUUGACAUCAAGACCACCGCUGCUGCAGUCAGAGCAAAGCUAGAAAUAUAUUCUAUCGAAGACUUUGAACUGGGUUAUAUGGCAGUAUAGACUCAUAUAAUCCAGUUCAAAGCAGAUAAUGUGGAUUGUCUGCUGUGAUAAUCUGGAUUAUAUUACAGUGUAGAAGGGGCCUCAGUCUCUCAAAACCUACUUACCAAUAGCUCCAUUAAUCUUAGUGGGAUUUAAAGGACAGUCCAAUAUAUAUAUAUAUAUCUAAAGAUGUCUCUGUGACUCUAUAAUUAAGUGUCAUCUUUAAAUCCUAUUAACAUUCUUCUUAUGCAAUUUUAGCCUCUUGGAAAUGUUUACUUUUAAAAAUUAAUGCAUCGCAGGGUGAUAGAAUAUGUUUUUAAUAUUGUGGAACUCUUGAGUUUUAUUCAGCUAAGAUGACUAGAUAGACAGUGAUUUGGAUUGAUAAUACACACAGUGCUGUUUUGGACCAACAAAAGCAUUAUGAAGUAGGACAGGUUUCUUAUUGGGUGUCUUAGUUUUAUGCCAAUCAUUGUGUCGAAACCAUAAUUAUAAGUCAGUUUCAUGCUUGUACAGCAAGUUUGUGAUGCUGUAUAUGUUUAUCAUAGUGUAAAACCCAACUGAAAACUUGAGUAGUUGUUUCAUGAGUAGAUCUGUCUUGAAAGUGAUAAGAAUAAGCUGAGGUGUCUAGAAAGUUUAGGAGAUUUUUGAACAUUUCUGAACUGUACCUAAUAUUUCAAUUUUUAUGAAAAUACUUAAAAUUGUGUAAGCUGAACCCAGUUUUCCCUGUUGUUAAAAUAAUUCCUUUGCAGGCUUAAACCCCUUCCACACAGCUGAAUAAAAUAUCACAUUUUCUGUUCUGAACUAGAAUAUAUAGCAGUGUGGACUCAGAUAGCCCAGUUCAAAGCAGAUUUUGUGAGAUUUUCCGCCUUGAUAUUCUGAGUUACAUGGCUAUGUGGAAGGGCCCUCAGUUGAACACUAAAAAUAUUUUGGUUUCACAUGUGUUGGGUUUCACUUCUUUCAUGUGUGACAUUUUACUAUUUGCAUAACAUUUAUGUGUAGAGAACAUUACUGAUAUGAUCAAUGGUCUGUUUAGCUGCAUUUCUAGCAUAUGUUCUAGUGCACAGCUUUCCAAAUUCUGUGCAACAGCUUGUUACUGUGUCAGUUGCAAUGUGUAGGUGUGUUCCUCAAACGUAACAAGAAAUCCUGUUAAUCCAGUUCAAAGCAGAUAAUCUGGAUUUUAUACAGUGUUGUAGAAUGGGUCUGAGUUUUUGUGAAAUCUGCAAUAAAUCAUGUAUAUUUUAAAUAUAUAAAUGAAAUAUUUUUAUGAGAUAUGUUAUGUCCCCAUGAAUUUCAUUAUUGCAA